UUGGCGAUUAUCCAAACCCUCCCUAGCUGUCGGUACGCUGCAAAAGCCUCGCUCUCUUGCCAUGCAUCACAUUUCCACGCCUAUAUAAACUAUCCUCCCUGCACCCAGUCCUAAGCAAGCAAGCAAGCACAAAUACUCAAAGCAUCAGAUAUACAAGAAGCAACUCGCACAUCUUGUCUCGCUAGCCUAGCAUACAUUAAUUAGUCACUUCUAUCGAAGCAACUCUGUUAAAACUGCAGGGUUGUUUAUUUCUCGCGAACAAUCGACAGGGACGACCCUUAUAGAGUUUGAUCCAUGGACCAGGUGACAAGGCUGGCAUCGCAGCGUGCAGUGGUGAUCUUCAGCACGAGCACCUGCUGCAUGUGCCACACUGUGACGCAGCUCUUCCGCGAGCUCGGGGUGAACACGAUGGUGGUGGAGCUGGACAAGGAGCCGCGGGGAAAGGAGAUGGAAAAGGGGCUGGCGAGGCUACUGGGCCGCAGUGCAGGUGUCCCAGCGGUGUUCAUCGGUGGCAGGCUCGUCGGCUCCACGGACAAGGUCAUGUCGCUCCACCUCAGCGGCAACCUCGUCCCUCUGCUGCGCAAUGCGGGGGCACUCUGGGUCUAGCUAGCUGCUUGUAUUAUGCUCUCAGAGAGAGUCGAUCAGCUACUCGAUCAGCUAGCUGACAAUUAAUAUAUAAGUCAUAGUUCUAUCGAUAAUACUCUGGGAGUAUUAACUAUGUCGCGGCAAGGGGCUUCAGUAUUUUGUAAGCGUACCUGAUAAUGUGUGAGGAGAGUGUUACCUGCAGUUACCUCCCCGAAAAAUGCACGGGCCAUAGUCCAUAUAGGCAUACAUGCAUGUGAUGUGACAAAUGGAAGAGCUUCAUUGUCAGUGCUAUUGCUAUGCCUUGUUUAUUUU